UUUUUUUUUUUUUUAACUUCAUGCUUUUUGUAAGAUUACAGCUUUUUUUCUCUUAAUCUGACUUUAUGACUUAAUGCUCGGAAAAUUAAAAAAAAAAAAAAACAAUGCAAAAUUGCUGUUCUUUUUUCCAUUUUUGCAGUUUUAUGUUGUUUUUUUUAAUACAUUUUUUAGGGGGGAGAGCCACAGGCCACCAAAUUACUGCUCUUUUUUUUCCAUUUUAGCAGUUUUAUGUUGUUGUUUUUUUUCAUUAAUUUUUUUUUGGGGGGGGGGCACAGGCCACCAAAUGACUGCUCUUUUUUUUUUAACAUUUUUCUGUUUUAUACAUUUUCUCUUUUUUAAAUUUAAUACAUUUAUUUAGAGUGUGCUGAGGACCAAUAAAAAAAACGCCGUGGGCCACAAAUGGCUUCCGGGCCGCACUUUGGACACCCCUGCCGUAAGAGGACAUUGAUCCACUUGUGUACCUUGUGGUCAUGGACAACCUUAUGAACCGUUUUUCCUUUUGCGAGAACAUUUUUUAUUUAACGCCGCUGAAUCCCGAUGUAACGGACAUAUGUGAUGAGCUAAUUCCCGAUUUGGAUCAGAUGGAGAGCUGUGUCUGUUCAUUAUGCCGAUACCCCACCCCGUUGUUGUCAUCACUUCCAGCUCUUGGGUGUACUGGCCCUUUAAAUCCAACAUCAGCAAGAUGAUGUGUCAUAAUGGACUCAUUAUUUAUUUUGAAUAUUGUGGGGGGAAAAAAAAUCGUAUUAAUUCCAUUUUAAGUGGAAGAGUGGUCAUUAUUCCAUUUUUGGCUCAACAUCCUCUCCCUGUGUAAGUAGUGGUUACCAUGGAAACAGCAGCGAGACUCGACCUUCAGUCAACAAGAGUAUAAGACAGUGUGUGCGCGUGCGCGACUUCGGGCCUUGUUAGAGACGCAAAAACUGUUGUAUAGAGAAGAAAAACAAAACAAAUGUACAUUUUUUUGUAUAAAUAUUUUUAUCAAAAGGCAUGUUUAAUGUAACUUUGUACUUUGAGUUGAUGUACAAAACAAAGAAGAAGAAGAAGGUUGUGGCAUAUGACGAGCGCUGUCAGGCCAGACAGAUCAUUCAGCCAUUGUGUAUAUAACAACUUGUGUUCCUAUGAUUCAAUAAAGUUUGUGUCACGUUUAAUUAAACCCGCGUUUUCAUAGUGUAACACUUUCAGGGUUCCCUUGACAAAACACACACCGCCACCCACUGGCACGGGGCUGCACUGCGGAAAUGCUGAGACACGAGCGAGUACAGUGUUACCUCGUUUAACGCGGGGUUACGUUCCAAAAAAUACCCGUGUUAAGUGAAAUCCGUGUAGUAGAAGUUGAUAUUUUUUUCAUUUUUUAUUUAUGUUUUUACGUUCAGUAUAUAUUUUUUUGUUUUCAGGAUUUGUUGUUUUGUUUAGAGGAUGUUUUUUCAUUAAUUAUAUAUGUUUUUUUGUUUACAGUGCAUGUUUUUUCGUUUACAGGAUUUUUUUGUUUAUUAUAUUUUUUUGUUUACAGUAUAUGUUUUUUUGUUUAUUAUGUUUUUUUGUUUACAGGAUAUGUUUUUUCAUUUAUUAUAUAUGUUUUCUUGUUUACAGUGCAUGUUUUUUCAUUUACAGGAUUUUUUUUAUGUUUUUUUGUUUACAGUAUGUUUUUUGUUUAGAGGAUAUGUUUUUUUGUUUAUUUUUUUGUUUAUUAUGUUUUUUUGUUUACAAUAUAUGUUUUUUGUUUACAAGAUAUGUUUUUUUUGUUUAUUAUGUUUUUUGUUUACAGGAUAUGUUUUUUCAUUUAUUAUAUAUGUUUUCUUGUUUACAGUGCAUGUUUUUUUGUUUACAGGAUUUUUUUUGUUAUGUUUUUUUGUUUACAGUAUAUGUUUUUUUUGUUUAUUAUGUUUUUUGUUAAAUGUUUUUGUUUACAGGAUAUGUUUUUUUGUUUACAAGAUUUUUUUUUGUUUAUUAUAUGUUUUUUUGUUUACAGGAUAUGUUUUUUCAUUUAUUAUAUGUUUUUGUUUACAAGAUAUGUUUUUUUGUUUAUUAUUUUUUUUUGUUUACAGGAUAUGUUUUUUUGUUUAUUUAUUUUUUUUUACAGGAUAUGUUUUUUCAUUUAUAUAUGUUUUUUGUUUACAAGAUGUUUUUUUUGUUUUUUAUAUGUUUUUUGGUUACAGUAUAUGUUUUUUGUUUAUAAGAUGUUUUUUUGUUUAUUAUAUGUUUGUUUUGUUUACAGGAUAUGUUUUUUCAUUUAUUAUAUGUUUUUUGUUUACAAGAUAUGUUUAUUUGUUUACAGUAUAUUUUUUUUGUUUACAGGAUAUGUUUUUUUGUUUAUUAUAUGUUUUUUUGUUUACAGUAUAUGUUUUUUUGUUUUUUAUGUUUUUUUGUUUACAGUAUAUGUUUUUUGUUUACAAGAUAUGUUUUUGUUUAUUAUGUGUUUUUUUGUUUACAGUAUAUGUUUUUGUUUACAAGAUAUGUUUUUGUUUAUUAUGUGUUUUUUUGUUUACAGUAUAUGUUUUUGUUUACAAGAUAUGUUUUUUUGUUUAUGUGGGGUUUUUUUGUUUACAGUAUAUGUUUUUUCAUUUAUUAUAUAUGCUUUUUGUUUAUAUUGCAUGUUUUUUCGUUAACAGGAUAUGGUUUUUUUUUUCGUUUAUUACAUGUGUUUUAAGGCUGUAAAACCCCUCACCACACACUUUAUCCACUUUUCUCAGGCAUGAGAAAAUAUAUAUGUUGCACAUAGAGGGCUUUAAAAGUGCGGAUCACACCUCGGUCCGUGGGCUGAAUCAGCCAUGUCGUGUUUCCAAAACCAGCCUGUCUCAUCCAUAUGAAAAACGUGUUCAGGCUUGUAUCCCCCUUCCUCCAUGACGGCUUCAAAUUUGCUCAUGUUUGCGGCCUCUCGGUGGUCUUGCUGCGGACAGUUAUAGCCCUUUUUGCAUCCUUGUUCAAAUGUGCUGCUGCUGUUGUCCUGAUGUUAUUUUCCUCCUUCUUUAUGCUACGAACCCAAGAUUCAUUUAUUCCGUAAUGGCGCCUCGCCUUUGACAUUAGCGUUAGCACUGCUGUACUGUGCUUUAGCACGGGCACACACAUUAACUAUGCUGAGCGUUGAAAAACAUCAAGAGUCGGUAGCGAGACGAGCGUCCACAUUCACGCCAUUGUGUCAAAAAAAGCAUGCUGAGAGACGAGCGUUGACACUGAUGCCGUAUUGAUGAGCAUUGAUGUGACUACUGAGCGUCACAAAUGGUGGAAUGCAGCGUUGACGCCACAGCGCUACACUACUGUACGUCAAAAACGCCACAAUGCGCAGACACACGCUCAUCCUGUUGUCUGCGAAGAGGAAGUAGCAAGACAAGCGUUCCAGUUCAUGUCAUUGGGUCAAAAAGGUAUGCUGGGAGAUGAGCAUUCACACUCAGCUGGGAAGCUGUGCAUCAAAAACUGCAGAAUGCCGUUCCAAGCCUUUAUGAGCAUUAAAGUUGUGCCACACGCACUUCGUCAGCAUCGGGGGGUUGCAGCCUCGUUAUUUGGCGAGCCGUGCUUCUCACUGCUGCUACAAAAAUGGAUGGAAGAUCAGCACAGAACGUUUUGGGGUAAAACCCAAUGUAAAAGAGAGUUUUCUCAUUUAAAGCGGCGGGAGAAGCAACCAGAAUGUUCCUCUCUGGGGCUCCCAAGUUGAUUACGCACCCUCGUCACCCCAGCUUGGUGGCGGCCAUUUUGUCAUGCAAGGCUGUCCUUUAAUAGAAACACAGAUCAAUAUUCCAUUGGGCUGGGAAUGAGGUUGGGAUGGAGGACGGCGGCAAAUUCAUUUUAUUCUCCGCCGAGUGUGAUAGGGCUUGAUGGAACGUUUGCGAAGAGUACAGUUAGACAUCAUCUCCCACUUGUGUAGUUCACAUUCGUACAAUUCAUUUUGAUCCAACUACUUUAAUUAAGGCCCUUAAUUGCCUGGUGACCAACUAUAGUAUCGGAGCAGGAGUGUGUGUGUGUGUGUGUGUGUGUGUGUGUGUGUGUGUGUGUGUGUGUGUGUGUGUGUGUGUGUGUGAAUGCUUCACAAUCCAACACAAAGCAAAUAGGAGCAGCUGUGUGCAGUCAUGCCACUCACGCUGCAGCCUAAUGGUGUGUUGCAGACCCUGCCGGUCCUCAUUAACCCCACGCUGUUACCUUCCUUUUAUCUUGACUGUGGAGAAAUUGCUUCUAACGGGUAGCAGAGGGAUUAUGUCUCCCAAAUUACCACACAAAAAGUCCAUCAACAGGGUGGAUCAACCUAAAACCUGACACAAAAACACACUUUUUGAAUGGACUUAGUGCCGAGAGGCCAGCAUUUGCACGAGUUCUACUGUGCAAACAUAGGAUAGAAGCAGCGGGACAUGCACGCACAUCUUAAUGUGCGUUGAGAAAGACGCGACACGCUUGCAAGUGUUCUUAAAUGACUCUGCUCGUGCCGGGAGACGAGCAUUCACUUUCAUGGUCGCGGCCAUACUGCAGCCCAUCCCGGCCGACUUCGGGCGAGAGGCGGGGCACAUCCCGGACGACUGGUCGCCAUUCAAUCGCAGGUCUCUUAGCAUUAGCACAUGAAUUAGUUUUUCACACGUGAAUACUCGUCUCUCGGCAUCCAGUACAUACACAUCUGACGUAGAAUAACAUUCGUGAUUCUGUCUCAUAUUCUUCACGUAGAGUAGCGAUUGGGUGUUGAAUAAUUACUUUUUGAUGAAUAGCAUUCAUGUAAAUGCUCAUCUGUCGGCACGCAUGCUCCCUCCGGGGGAUUUGGCGGCGCAUGGCAGGGAUGAAUGCCGCGAGCAACGACAGCGGCAACUGUGCAGCUUGUAAAAUGUCAGAUGAAAUGAUGGUGCAACCUUUUGGAAAGGUUAGCCAUAACAAGGGUGGAUGCUGUAUCACCCCGACAGAAAAGUGAGGAUGAAGACAUCCGAGGAAGAAGCGAAUGUGCCGGCCAUCGCUAAAUGAUGUUCUCUGCCCGGUGCUGAGAGAAGAGCUGAGCAGCGUUGUCAACAUUCACGGAUUCCUUUGGCGGCUCUCUGACAAUCUAAGAGAGAAGACAGUUGAGAAGUUGAGAUCAACACAUAUGACCUGACGAGCUCAUCAUGAUCUCACCAGCGUUUGUGUUUUUGGUUCUGGAGCCACACUUUUGGAAACAUUCGUCACAUCCCUCUGGACCUCGGAGAAGAUCUGAUUGAGGUUCUCCACCUUCUCGUUCUUCACCGCGUUGAUCUGUGGAGACACGGGUUACACUGGAGC